AUGGCUCGCCGUCCUGCUCGUUGCUACCGGUACUGCAAGAACAAGCCGUUCCCCAAGUCCCGGUAUAACCGCGGUGUCCCCGACGGCAAGAUUCGCAUCUUCGAUCUUGGCCGCAAGCGUGCCAGCGUCGACGACUUCCCUCUCUGCAUCCACCUCGUUUCCGACGAGUAUGAGCAGCUGAGCUCCGAGGCCCUCGAGGCCGCCCGUAUCUGCGCCAACAAGUACAUGGUCAAGACCGGAGGCAAGGAAGGUUUCCACCUUCGCGUCCGCGCCCACCCCUUCCACGUUGUCCGCAUCAACAAGAUGUUGUCGUGCGCUGGUGCCGAUAGACUGCAGACCGGUAUGCGUGGUGCCUGGGGCAAGCCCAACGGCCUCGUGGCCCGUGUCAACAUCGGCCAGAUCCUCAUGAGCCUUCGCACUCGUGACUCUAACCGUGCCCACGCCAUCGAGGCUCUCCGCCGCUCCCGCUACAAGUUCCCCGGCCGCCAAAAGAUCAUCGUCUCCAAGAACUGGGGCUUCACCCCUCUCCGCCGCGACGAGUACCUGGAGAAGAAGGCCGCUGGCCGUGUCAAGAACGAUGGUGCCUACGUCCAGUUCCUUGCCAACCAUGGCCGUCUCGCGGAGAACAUGCGCCGGUUCCCCGCUGCUUUCGAGGCGGAGGCUUAG